AUGAUAGCGCAAUUCACGGAACAUAAUCAACGGAAAUGGGAUGAACAAUUACCUGAGUUAUCAUUAGCUUUAAAUUCCAGUAAACAGAGUUCUACCAAGUUCAGCCCAGCUUACCUAACACAGGGCAGAGAAUUACGACUCCCUAAUACGGUGUUUAACGAGAAAACGGAAUCAGAGGUCAUAGAAAGCAGUAUGAAUCCAGGCGAAAAGCACACACAUCUUCAAGAAAUCUUUGCCUUUGUCAAAGAUAAUCUCCAUCGCGCAACAAACUCACAGGCAAAAUAUUAUAAUCUGAGAAGACGCGAUUGGUCUCCUCGAAAAGGAGAUUUGGUGUUACUAAAGUCACGAGUUCUGUCAAAAGCAAUAGACUUCUUUGCUGCCAAAUUAGCGCCCAAGUUUGAGGGGCCUUAUGUAGUUACCAAAUAUAUUUCUCCAGUUAUAGUACACCUGGCGGACGUAAAUACCAAGAAAGAUCGAGGGACUGCACAUAUCAAAGACUUGAAACAGUAUCACGCGUAA